AUGCUCAGAGAAGUCUUGCCCACACUACUUCUGGCUUCAGUGCCCACAGGAAGUGAUUCUAGGUCACUUCCUGUUCCUGAGCUCCGUCUGUACACCUAGGUUUUGCUGAGAUGCUGUUGUUUCUGCGAGGAGGGACUCUGCCCCUGGCCAUGCGGUUAUUGAAGGACUCCUCCCCGCUUUGCAGACGCUGGUUAUUCUCUCCAGCAGCCGUCGGGCUUCACCAAAGACCUCCAAUCUUUAGGCCCGCCCCCAUGGUCCCCCUUUCUGCAUCAAGGCUCCACCUCCACACAUCCAGCCAAUGGCAGAAGAGAAAGAGGGAGGUGGAGGAAGGCAUCCUCAUUCCCACAGCAAAGCGUCACUGGCAGGAAAUAAAGAAGAUCCCGAAGCCGGCGUUUAUUCUGGGGGUCCUCGGAGCCACGCCCUUCAUGGCGGUGCCAAUCACCAUGUGCGUUAUGCAGGCUUACCUCCCGGAGUUGGCCUUGGUACAGGUGCUGUAUGGGGCCUGCAUCCUGUCCUUCCUCGGGGGGGUUCGCUGGGGUUAUACCCUCCCAGAUAACAGCCCCGCCAGACCCAGCUGGAUCAACCUGGUGACAGGCGCGGUGUUCCCGUACAUGGCGUUCAACAGCUUGCUGCUGAUGGCGGAUUUUAGGGCCGCCACCUUGGGGGUGGGAAUGGGCUUUGCCAUAUCUUUGGCUGUUGACAUUUUUGGGAUUAGAGACAUGGACUUGUCCCCCAUAGCCCCCCUCUGGUAUAAAUGGUUGAGAAUUCUGUUGACGUCCAUCGUUUUGGCUUCCUUGAUCGCCGCGCUGGGAUGUUCGGGUCGUUAUCCUGAAGUAACGACAGGCAACCAAAAAGCACCGAAAAAGCUGCUGAGGACACCGUGGUGACGCUCAAAAGCCACCAAACCAACUGCUGCCGAGUCCUGUGCCCGAGACUGCUCUACCCCAUAGACAUUCUUAUCUUGGCCCUGAUGAAGUGGGCGGCGAUGGGCGAAACAUGUUGGUUUCCUCCUCCGAUCUUCUACCUGACAUUGGAAUAAAAAUGUAUCUGAACCGUUA